CUAGCCUGUUUGCCCCGCCCCUCUGCAACCACAUAGAGGGCAUUCACAGGCUGCUGCACAACUCCACUAGACAGCAGCAGACGACCAAACGAUCCUUGUCCUUUACAACAAUCCACCAUGGACCUCCACAGGACCAGUAUAUUUAACCAAAUGGAUUAUAACCGAGACUCUAAAGAAGGGAAGCCGGUUCAGUCGACCGAGGAUCGGCUCGACAGCGGCUUGGACUCCCUGAAAGAAGAGGAGUACCAGGCUGUGGCGGCCGAGAUCCGUCGGCUCCAGGUGGAAUGUGAGCCGCCGAAGCACCAGCAGCCUCCCGCUGUAACCGGAGAGCUGCCCGAAUGGAAAACACAGAUCACAGAGGACGGAGACACGUAAGUUUUUACCAGGAAUACCAUCUAAGACUCAAACAUGAGGGUUUUCGGGGAAUAGCUGGGCUGGUAGAACCGCUGGGGUAGGCCUAACCCCAGUCUUUGAGGUAAUUUGAUCCCUUUCCUGUGCGUCUUCCUCGAGCCUGUCAUUACAAUGCAAAGGCCCGGACUGAACGUAGUCCGCAAUGAAAAGUCACUUUAGACUCUUAGUUCCUGUAAAAGUGCACUGGUGCAGUGUUGACAAUAUAUAGAGCAAGGGUCGGGUUUGAUAAUGGGUCUAGCUGCUGCUGGACACUGUGGUUUUGAACGUAAACAAAAGGCUAUUAUCAGGAGGGGAUCUACUAUGGCCGCGGGUCAGACUGGGAAAGUCCCAGGCGCGCCGCCAAGGAAUCUAACCGAAGCGCGCUCCCGCGAAAGUAGAAGUAAAAAAGUACCUUAAAUUACGUAAAACUUCGACUGUGGAGGUGGAGGGCGAAACCAUGCAAAGCCAUAUUUGUCUGUUUGGCUCGUUUCGACGAUGAAACCGAGAGGAGUAAGACCAAAAGUGACUAUAUUUUUUGCUAUAUCAUGAUUCAUCCGCAGUGAACUAUAGCUCAGACUCUGCACAAUGUUGCGACUGUGUUCUCACGUGCAUCAAAUGAUGCACUGUCGGGUCACAGCUGAGCAGCGUGACUUCAUUAGAGCUGAGGACUGGAACAACUGAGGGCAGAUACAGCUCCAGAGGCAGAGGGUUCACUGUCGGUUUGCCCCGAGUCCACAUUUUGGAGGCACUAGAAAAAAAAUCACACUUUGCACAAAAUCAUAAAAAAUCCAAUGCAGAAGUGAAAUGUUAUUACUUACAGUAAGAUUCUUUGUUUUUUACAUUAAACCCCAAUAUAAUGGUGAUUUUUGAACAAUUCAAAGGUGUACCAAGUUUUUCGUAGGGUUUACUGUCAGUUGGGUUUAUAAAUCCAAGAAAUGUGUGUAGUGGAGAAUACACAUAAAUAAAAAAGAAAAUCACCUUUCUAUUUCAAUUAUGCAAUAGAAUAUGAUGUGGAUUAAAAAUAAUAUGAUCAAAUGUAUGAACAUAAUUGCUCAAUUACAGAGUGGGGUUUUGAUCAAGUAGCUAAUUUGCCCAGGUUCAGUUAAGUUCUCACUCUGUCUUUCCAUUUUCCUGCUCCAUCCACUGUCCUCUCAGUACAGGCAGAAAAGCCUGAAAAAUGGUCUCUGGGUCUGUUCCUGUCCCUGUGAAACUUGCUGUAGUCUGGUAGAUAUUGUUGUACUGUGUACAUAUACUGUAACGGGUCCCUUCUCUUCCUCUCUGCCACUGUAGGCUGCUCCACCUGGCCAUCAUCCACGAGGCAAAGGACUACAUCAAAACGAUGAUAGAUGUGUCCAGAAACACAGACUUCCUCAACACACAAAAUGACCAGAGACAGGUACACAAGAGAUACUGUGAUAUUUACCAAUUUAUUGCUCAUAAACUACUGAAUGUGUCAUUUUAAGAAUAACAGAAAUGCCAGUAACUCAAUAACUCACCUGUCUUUUCCCUACUUACACAGACUCCUCUUCACCUGGCUGUGAUAACCAACCAGGCAGACGUGUGCCAGCAUCUCCUUGUAUCCGGCUGUGACCCCACACUGGUGGAUGACAGCGGAGACACCCCUCUUCACAUUGCCUGUCGUCAUGGAAACCUCUUGAUCUUCAGCGUCCUCACACAGAACUGUCAACCGGAGCACUUACAAAAAGUGAUGGCUGCGUGCAACUAUCAAGGUGAGACUUUCUGAGCUGAUGUGGAUAUUAAUCAUUUUUCAGUACUUAAACAUCCUCAACAUUUUCGUCUUCAUUAUCAUAGAUGAUUGUAUUUAUACGGAAGGGCCAUGGUGGAGGUUAAUUUCUCUGUUUUACAAUAGCUUUGAGCAUUAAAUUCAAAUGCACUGGUUGUUCUACCCAAGCUUUAGUGCCUGUAAACACAUGAAACAGUUUGAUCUUAAUCUUAGCUUUAUUUUAAAAAUCAAAGGCUGGGCAUGAAAUGGAAAUUAUUGCUAGAAAUCAGGGAAUACCACAGACAUUCAUGCCCUAACAACUUUAGAAAACCCCUAUCUAUUACAAGACUCAUAAUGUCAGAUGCUAAGGCUCCAAACAGAGCAUUAGAUGGUUUUAAUUUUAGACUAGUUUAUAAAUACUUUUAAACCCUGAGUGGUUAGCAUUGUUGACUUUUUGUGGAUUUCUCUUGGGCAUCAAAGUAUGAAGGCCCAAUUUUCUUUUAGUAGUCUUCACUUACAUGGCAGAAUAUGAACUCUGGCUGUGAUUCAGUAUUACUCAGAUGAUCCUACAUCCUUUUUACAAAGUAGUCAGUGUAAGGUGACAUAUAAUUGUCUUAUAUCAGUUGUUUAAACCCCUCUUCUGAUGUUAUUUGUGCAGGUCAGAACUGCUUCCACCUGGCCUCAGUUCAGGGUUUCCUCUCACUGGUGGAAAACAUGGUCGAUUUAGGAGCUGACAUUAACGCAAAGGUAAAGAUCACACAACUACAUUGUUGUGUGGAUGUCAAGGCUACAAAUGCUGAUUUUAUGAGAUUUGAAUGAUGAGGUGAUAGCCAACCAAGUUUAAUGUUCCCUUUCUGUCCCGUAGGAGCAGCGUAACGGCCGCAGUGCCCUUCACUUGGCUGUGGACCAGCAGAAUCUCUCUUUGGUUAGACUACUGCUGAAGAAAGGGGCAGACCCAAACCUCCUCACCUCCGGAGGUCACACUCCCUACCACCUCACCUAUGGUCGGGACAAUGACGACAUCAGGAAAGAACUGUUCUCACUGACAAAGCCGGAUCUGAGGGAGCUUCCCGACAGUGAAUCAGACGACAGUGAAGCAGAGGAGGAUGAGGAGUCUGAUGAGGAGGUGUGUGAUGAAAAUGCUGAAUCUACCCCACAGUAUAGCUUUUAUUUCUGGUGGAUAUCUGACCACUUUCCUGUCCUCUGUGUUUGCAGGUGAGCUAUGACGACAUUCAGUGGAACGGUCACUAGCAGGAAACCAGAGAAAGAGGGGAAGUUACAGAGGCAGGAGACUGUGAUGAUGAGAAACGGCUCAGCAUGUCCACUACUUCCUGCAGUGACGUCGCAAGAGCCCGAUAGCGUGGGUGGCACAGCGCCGGCGUGAGCGCUGAUUAAACAGAUGGACAGGCAGCUGCAGAAGGAGGAUCAAAAAGAGACCGAUGUUCAAAAAAACCAAAAACUUGACUGUGGGGUUGUCGUAGAGCAAAUAAUCGCUGAGAUGUGAAUACAUGACACGCUAUGAUGGGAUGGGUUUGCUAUAUGCCUCGAGGAUUGCUUGUAUUCUGUGUCCCAUUUGUCACAAUAACAUCCAUCCACACAGAUGUACCUGCAACAGCUCUGUUGUAUGAUAUUGUAAAUGCUGUGUAUAAAGAGAUGUAUUUUUUAUGGAAGCUGUGAAUGUGUAGAUUUGAGCAGGUUGUACUGUAAAUUUUAGACAGCAAACAGUCCAGCACACUCCAGUUAAAUUAAAAACACUCGUAUUUAACUGUAAAAA